AGAGAGGGGUUUUAGCUAUAAACACCGUAUGAAAUGAAAAGCCGAAGACAAAGCCGGCUAAAACUCUGUCACAACACCACUGCCCAUUUUCAAUAGAUUCUACAAUCUGUCAAGAACUAAAAUAGUGGAACUUCCUCUAAAAAAAAUUUUUGUUUCUUGCUAUUUUUUUCUUACUACCAUUGUUCUUGUUUGAGCUCCUUCAACUACUUUUUUUUUUCUGUUUUUGAAUUUUCUUGUAUUGAAUAUUCAUCUUGUUUUGCUCUUUGUUUCUAUGUUGGUUCUCCUUUUUAUUGCCUUUUAUCUUACUCAUCUGAAAUAUCUUAUCUGAUCAGUUGGGAUAGGUAAAAGAUAAUAAAGAUUGCACUUUUAUUGAAUUUAAAGCACACCUAAAGAAUAUCUUUCUGGGCAUUUAUGGUGGGAUUGGAUUGAAGAGGAUGAGGGGUUGAUUGGUGUUAGUUGUGAAUCUGGUUUUGCCCAAGAACAGGGUUUUUUGAGAAAAAAGAAUUGAUCUUUGAGUGAGAGUAGAUGGGUUGUUUUCCUUGUUUUGACUCAAGGGAGGAGGAGAAGCUCAAUCCCCAUAAAGAGAGAGAUGAUCACAGGGAAGUCCAUCCAAGUAUCCCUUCCAGCAUAUCAAAAUUAUCAUCUGGGGGAGACAGGUUGAAAUCGAGGAGCAAUGUUGGGCCAAGGAAGGAAGCAUCAGGGCUCAAGGACUUGCCUGAUGCACAGAUUGCUGCACAAACUUUUACUUUCCGUGAGCUUGCUAAUGCUACAAAUAACUUUAGGCCAGAGUGUUUCUUGGGAGAGGGAGGAUUUGGACGUGUGUACAAAGGGAGGCUUUCCAAUGGCCAGAUUGUUGCUGUUAAGCAGUUGGAUAGGAAUGGGCUUCAGGGUAAUCGAGAAUUUCUGGUUGAGGUUCUAAUGCUAAGUCUUCUGCACCAUCCUAACUUAGUGAAUUUAUUGGGUUACUGCGCUGAUGGGGAUCAGAGGCUUCUCGUCUAUGAAUUUAUGCCCUUGGGAUCGUUAGAAGAUCACCUCCAUGAUCUUCCACCUGAUAAAGAGCCACUAGAUUGGAACACCCGAAUGAAGAUAGCGGCUGGUGCAGCCAAAGGAUUGGAGUAUCUCCAUGACAAGGCAAAUCCUCCGGUUAUUUAUAGGGAUUUCAAGUCAUCCAACAUAUUACUAGGUGAAGGCUAUUCUCCGAAGCUUUCGGACUUUGGACUCGCAAAGCUCGGUCCUACAGGAGACAAAUCACAUGUGUCUACCAGGGUCAUGGGAACUUACGGUUAUUGUGCUCCUGAGUAUGCCAUGACUGGGCAAUUGACGGUGAAGUCCGAUGUUUACAGUUUUGGGGUUGUCUUCUUGGAGCUCAUCACUGGGCGUAAAGCCAUCGACAACACCCUACCUCAGGGGGAACAAAACCUCGUUGCAUGGGCACGGCCGUUGUUCAAUGACCGUAGAAAGUUUGCAAAACUGGCGGAUCCAAGGCUGCAAGGAAAAUUUCCAAUGCGUGGGCUUUAUCAAGCUUUAGCUGUAGCUUCCAUGUGCAUCCAGGAACAAGCUGCUGCUCGUCCGCUGAUUGGCGAUGUGGUUACUGCCCUUUCUUACCUUGCAAAUCAGGCGUAUGAUCCGACUCUAGCUCCAGGCCACAGCAGUAGAACUGCUGGGGAUAAGGACGAUAGGAGCAAAGACGAGCGAGGUGGGAAGAUAUUGAGGAAUGAAGAGGGCGGUGCGUCUGGCCGGAAGUGGGACUUGGAAGGAUCUGAGAGGGACGAUUCUCCCAGAGAAACUGCAAAAAUGUUGAACCGGGACUUGGAAAGGGAACGAGCUGUUGCCGAAGCUAAAAUGUGGGGUGAAAAUUGGCGAGAAAAACGACGACAAAAUGCUGUAGGAAGUUUUGAUGGCACCAACGGGUAGCGGUUGCAGUAUGGUAUGGAUUCUGUAACCCACCUGAGCUCGCGCCCCCACAGAUUAGUGGUAUAUGCAUCAUACUCGGUUACUGGAGUUUAUACGAAAACCUAUGCAGCCAAUUUUUGUUCUUUUUGUUUUUAUAUCUCUACACCAUCUGUCGCUCCCCCCCGCACCGCCCACCAUCCACAUACAAACACACAUGAAGAGGAAGCGCUUCAAGAGUGUAUAUUCAGAGGUAUAUGACUGAGCAGAAGCUGCAGACGUGUCUGUAAACUUUUGAGAGUAAUCGUGUCCCAGGUAAUGAUGCUUCUGCAGGGCGUUCUGUAAACUUCUUAUGUGAAACCCAAAGUCAGUUUUCUUUGUAAUCUCCUUCUGUAACAUUCAACUUAUUGAUAUGUGUAUGGGGGAACUUUAUUAGAUAUGUCGUCUUUUUGCUUCUCAAUCUUUUCCCUUGGAUCAA